CUUAGGGCGCGCCCCGGUGGCGGAGGCGUUGGGGGCGGCUCUCGGCGGCGGGGAGCCCCUCUCCAGGCCGGCGCCCCGGGGCGGAGCUGAGCGCGAUGGGCGCCGGGCGGGAGGCAGGUGGCGCAGCGGCGGCGGCGGGGGGCAGGAGGCGGAGGCGGAGCGCGCGGGGCGGGGGCCGCGGGGCCCCGUGAGACUCUCGGGCGAGAGCGCGGCGUUGGAGCCACAGGCGCGGCGGCUGGACCCGGCGCGGGCCGCGGAGGCCGGAGACCGCCCGGCGCGGGGUACGCGCUUUGUUCCCGCGCGGGGUGGCCGGAGCCGAGUCCCCGGCAUGGCCCAGGCGGCCGCCCCGCGCGCCCCAGCCCCGCCGCGCGCCUGAGCCCGGUGCGGCGCCAGAAGACAGCGCGCAGCCGCCCCCGGGUCGCGGAGGUGGGGACCGAGCUGGAGGGAGCAGCUACUCCCGGACCGGGUCACGAGUGUGCGUCGUCCGCCUUCCCCCGGACACCCGGACCCCCCGGACCCCCGACCCCCCUGUGGACAGGAAGGCUAAGGCCUCAGCGAUGCCGGACUCCCCAGCGGAAGUGAAGACACAGCCCCGGUCCACACCCCCCAGCAUGCCGCCCCCACCGCCUGCCGCGUCCCAGGGGGCCACACGCCCCCCCUCCUUCACGCCACACACACAUCGAGAGGACGGGCCUGCGACGCUGCCCCACGGCCGUUUUCAUGGCUGCUUAAAAUGGUCUAUGGUCUGUCUCUUGAUGAACGGCAGCAGCCACUCGCCGACAGCCAUCAGCGGCGCACCGUCCACACCCAACGGCUUCAGCAAUGGCCCGGCCACCUCGUCCACGGCCUCCCUGUCCACACAGCACCUGCCCCCAGCCUGUGGGGCCCGGCAACUCAGCAAGCUCAAGCGCUUCCUCACCGCCCUGCAGCAGUUUGGCAGCGACAUCUCCCCAGAGAUUGGGGAGCGCGUGCGCACGCUGGUGCUGGGCCUGGUGAACUCGACGCUGACGAUCGAGGAGUUUCAUUCCAAGCUUCAGGAGGCCACCAACUUCCCUCUGCGGCCGUUUGUCAUUCCCUUCCUGAAGGCAAACCUGCCCUUGCUGCAGCGGGAGCUCCUGCACUGUGCACGCCUGGCCAAGCAGACGCCCGCCCAGUACCUGGCCCAGCAUGAGCAGCUCCUGCUGGACGCCAGCGCCUCCUCCCCCAUUGACUCCUCAGAGCUGCUGCUGGAAGUCAACGAGAACGGCAAGAGGAGGAUACCCGACAGGACCAAAGAGAACGGGUUGGACCGUGACCCACUGCACCCCGAGCACCUCAGCAAACGGCCAUGCACCCUGAACCCUGCCCAGCGCUACAGCCCCAGCAACGGGCCCCCGCAGCCCACGCCACCGCAUUACCGCCUGGAGGACAUCGCCAUGGCCCACCAUUUCCGAGACGCCUACCGCCAUGCGGACCCCCGGGAGCUGCGAGAGCGCCAUCGGCCACUUGUGGUGCCUGGGUCCCGGCAGGAAGAAGUGAUCGACCACAAGCUCACAGAGCGUGAGUGGGCAGAAGAGUGGAAGCACCUCAACAACCUCCUGAACUGCAUCAUGGACAUGGUGGAGAAGACACGGCGCUCGCUCACGGUGCUGCGCAGGUGCCAGGAGGCCGACCGCGAGGAGCUCAACCACUGGGCACGGCGCUGCAGCGACACGGAGGACACGAAGAAGGGCCCCAGUCCCGCCACGGCCCGGCCCCGCAGCAGCUCCGCCGGCCCUGAAGGGUGUCAGCUAGACGUGCCCCGGGAGUUCCUGCCAAGGACCCUCACCGGCUACAUGCCCGAGGACAUCUGGAGGAAGGCUGGUGAGUGGGGGCUGCCCGGCGAGCCGUGCUGUGGGAGGCCAGGGCCCCAGAUGCCCCUCAGCAGCUCAGCUAUGAGGAGCUUCUGUCUCCAUCUGGGGACUCAAGCUGCGGGGCUUUAUGCAUUCCGCUGUGUGGCUCACAGCGCGGUCAGAGUAGAUCCACACUCAGGGCAGGACAGCUGCUCUCUGCGCCGGCCAGGAAACGAACCUGUGGCCGCCCAGCAGAAUAAAGUGGGUCCCAGGAGGGCAUGCAGAAGCGCACACACUCGGAGCCUGGGUGCGUCAGGCACGCGGGGCCAGAGUCUGGGCAGGACAGAGUCAGAACAUGGGCAGACGUGGAGCUGGGCGCUGGGCAAGGCUGUGGGGAUAUUUGCUUAUGCUGUGGGGACCAGACGUGGGGGAGGGGCUGGGGCAGAGCUGGAUCUGUGGGUAGCGAGAGGGGUUAAGCCUGUGCAGGGCUGUGAGGUGACCCCGGCCGCCCCGUCGGAUGUACUGUGGGUUUGGCCUGUGGACGCUGUGAGACGCGAUGGUCCAGUUAGCGCCGUGUCCACGUUCACUGUCGCCUGGCUGUUAGUCUCCGUGAUCCCAGGAGGCUUCGGCUGA